AUGAUGCCCGAAACUCCAACACAAGACCAAAUUGAUAUCGACCACUUGCAGGGUCUCCUCAGCAAGGAUGCCCAACUCGCCGAGACACAAAUAAUCUGCUCGCCCCCUCGCUCGCCCCCCCUCGUUCCUAGGACCCCCGCAAAGCAAUCCUCCACUAAACAAUCUUCCAAUUCCACCUACCACACUGCCAAUGAUCAUUCCGGAAAUCUUCACCUUGCCUACUCCAACGACCUUAGCUAUAGUCAGGUCGACCUCGGCGAGACGCAAGCCGACGAUGGCAUCUACCCUGCGUUCGCUCCUUACGAUAUGAUCGCCGCCACCCCGCCAGCUCAGCGUCCUGCGACCACUGGUACCUUCACGACCGUUGACGAACUCGAAUCUCAGCCUCCAGAGCCCUCGACACUUUUCCCGGAAGCUCACAGAUUUGUCACGCCGCAGCAACUGCGGAGUAAGAGACCAGUGACGGGGGGGCAUAAUCCGCUCCAGACAAUGACAUUCGGGGGUGCAGCUCUGCAGGGACGAAUGAAUGCAUCGCUCGCGCAGAUGUUCGAAAGUGUGUCCUCGCCAAUACGGCCAAUCAAUGCAGAGGCUAGUCUUCCACCAACACCGAGCGCGGUGGAGGCUAUGGGAGUCAUGGCAAAAACCCUCGAGAGGGUUAAUGCGGAGAGAGACCAGAGCAGUCCUGUACCAGAAGCUCAGGCCGAGUCCGAACCGGGGCCUAAAAAGACAGCCCAAGAAGCCGAAGAUGACGAAUACUAUGAACCAACACAGCCAGACCAGACGGUCUACAUCUCAAUGAAAGAGUCCCAAGAAGCUCGAGACCGGAGGGUGGCUAAGAAGAAACCACGACGCCUUCGGUCGCACUCACCAGUAGUCUUUGAGCCUUUUGCCUACAUCCUUUCACAGCCCGGAAAUACCCAAAAGAUCCCUUCUUCUGACGAAAAAGAUUGCGAUGAGGAUUUCUUCUCCCCCGGAGAUGAUUAUAAACGCCGUGUUGAGAGAGCUCGGCGAAAAGGUGAAGAGGAAGUAAAGCGCCUCUUUGCUAAAAGCAUACCAAAAGCUCCAUCUUUCCAAGGACGUGCUAGGAGCGAAGAAGACAAGCGGCCUAUAGCAAGGGGCAAAUCUCUGCCUAGAGCUACGAAAUCUGUGUCGCCUGUUGCUACGCUGGAGACUAGUGCUGAAGAGACUGGAGAUGAGGAGGAUACACAGCCUGAACCAGCGGCGAAAAAGCCACCAGCCCCUACUGCAACGGCAGAAGACGAAGACGAACCUGAGCCCGAGCUCCCAUUGCACACUACCGACGACGGAAAAGAAGAUAACGACAUUGCACCGACAUUUACAUCAGAUGUUCCUACGCAGAUAAUACCCGCUGCUGCACAAACGCAGUACACCCAGCUCCCUCCGGAUGACUGGGAAUCAUUACAUCAAAUACCCGCAGCCUCGAGGUUUCGACGUCGUCCUGCGCCGCCUCUAGAUCAAGAAAUUUCAAUGGUAUCUUCAUCCUUACCGUCUACUUCUGCAGUUGUGGAAUAUUUGCAACCCCCGCCGGUAUUGGAGAGAAAAACGACAUCAUUGAAAUCACUCGUUCCAUUCAAUGUACCCUCUCCGAUGGCUCCUGUCUCUGAAUACGUAAGGGAGACAAGCGGACUUAUAGCGCCGACUAGCAGUCUUACACCCAUCCCAAGUGGAAUCUCGACUCCUAUCGGAGGGGCCACGGUGGAGUCGUCUCCUAUGGUUGGCCCAACCAAUGAUGAUAAUACACCCUUGGGGAAAAGAAAAAGGCCUGUAAUAGAAGCUGAUAACAUGGUCCCUUGCUCAGUAGAGGAGAGUGGAAUGAAGAGCUUUAAGGGGUUGGAAGAGACAGGUGGGUUUUUGAGCAGUAGACCGGAACCAGAUGAUAUCGAUAUGGUGGGGAUCGUGGCUGUGGGAGCAGGGCUGGAGCACGACCCAGGGGACCAACCCGCAGAAGGCACUGCCAUGGGGGAUAAAGGAAGUAAGAGAAUACGACUCGAUUUUGGGAAAGGAAAAACCCCCAAGCCGCCUAAAGAGCCAUCAAAGCAUAAAUCCACUCGUACUCCCGCUAGCAAAUCUAGGACCAAGACUCCCGCGCGAAAAACUCGCUCCUCAAUAAGUGUUCAUCGUAGCAUGUCCUCACUUGCAGACACCGACGACGAUGCCGAUAUACUCACCACUACUAACCCACUUUUUCACGUAUCUGUACCUCCCCCUCCAGACGCACCCACCACAGUACCUUCGAGAGUUUUCGCGCUCUUCCGUGAUGGUAAAACGGCCUAUUACCCUGCCACAAUUCUCGAGAGUAAUGACCGCGAGAUGAAAGUCGUCUUCGACGACGGUACCGAGGACUUACUAAGCCGAGAUCAUAUCCGCUCACUCGAUCUACGUAUCGGCGACCACAUCCGUGUUGAUGUCACAGGAAUGAAGAAGUCCUCCUGGGUAAUCGACAGCUUCAAAAUUUCCGAGGGGAGCGACAACAAGUACACCGACUGUCGCGGCAAUCAUAUCGUCACAGUUAAGGGUAAAGUUGGUGAACCAAUAGACGUAGCAAUAACUAGUGUCUACCUAAUCCAAACAAUGUGGAAAAACUUCUCCACACGUACCUCUCCUACGCUCCCCCGGCAACGCACACCCAGCGAGCUCUCUCCGCCCCCCACAACACCCAGCCACCGCCGCCUCGCUACACCGCUAACGACCGGCCUCACCCGUAUCGCCUCUGGUGUGUUCACAGGCAUGAUUUUUGCCCUCUCCUUCGGCGCGAAUGAAGCCAUCAAGAAGUCCACCACAAGCAAGAUUCUCUCUGCUGGUGGCCGGGUUGUCGAUAUCGGUUUCAACGAGCUCUUCUACGAUCCCGACACAUCUCUGGCCCUCCGACCUGAAUUCUCGACCCUCGGCUUCACCGCCGUCAUAGCUGAUACCCACUGCCGGCGUGCAAAAUUCCUCCAAGCACUUGCACUGGGCUUGCCAUGUCUUGCUAGCCGCUGGAUUGAUGACUGCGUCAAGAAGUCCAAGCUGCUGGACUGGGAACACUAUCUUCUCCCCGCUGGCGAGAGCCGCUAUCUUGGCUGUGUUUGCAGCCGCACGCUCGAGACAUAUGAUUUGCGGCGUGCGGCCUUCAGCAGCGUUCUAGAGCGACGGAAGAGGCUACUGGACGGUAUGGGAGUGAUUGUAGUGGGGAGUGGAGAGAAGAGACGAAGUUACCUGUUUCUCACCUGGGCAAUGGGGGCAGGGCGGGUGAUCAAGGUCGGAAAUCUAGAGGCUGCGGGCAGGCUCCUGGAAGGACCAGAGGAGUGGGACUACGUCUGUGUGGAGACUAAGGAGAGGGGCAAGGCUGAGAGGAUGUAUAGAGAGAAGGCAGGGGCGGGUGGAAGGAGGGUACAAAUUGUAGACGAUGAGUGGAUUGUCCAGAGUUUGAUUUUUGGGAGGUUAGUUGAUGAGGAUUAA